AUGGCUUCAUCUUCUCAAAGAAACAUCAUCUCAAAGAACAAAACUCCCAUCGCAGCAGUCGCCGCAUUCGUCUCAGCAGCAGCAGUUCUCACCUCAAUCUAUAAAUCUUAUACAUCCUACAAAAUGUCUCACAACCUCCACCCCAGCAUCAACAAGGGCAUCACCAAGGGCUCUUCCAGCUUCUCUGGUGGUAAGCUCCGAUGCAAGUGCUCCUCCAACCCCGUUGAGGUCACCCUCAACGGUCAGGUCGCUCACAACCACGCCUGUGGCUGCUCCAAGUGCUGGAAGCCUGAGGGUGCUCUCUUCUCCGUCGUUGCUGUCAUCCCCCGCGACCAGCUCCAGGUCACCGCCAAUGCUGACAAGCUCACUAUCAUCGACGAGAGCGCUGCUAUUCAGCGAAACGCCUGCCGCGACUGUGGCGUCCACAUGUUUGGCCGCAUCGAGAAGGAGCACCCCUUCAAAGGUCUUGACUUUGUCCACGUCGAGCUCUCCGACGAAAAGGGCUGGCAAGAGCCUCAGUUCGCUGCCUUUGUCUCUUCCAUCAUUGAGCAGGGCUUCCCCGCUGAGAAAGCCAACGAGGUCCGCUCUCAGUUCAAGGACCUUGGGCUUGAGUCCUACGAUGCUCUGUCCCCUCCUCUGAUGGACGCCAUCGCCUCUUGGACCGCCGCCAAGGCCAAGAUCUAA